AUGUUAAUAUUAAUCGCAGGCAUCACUGGUAACAUUGGCCAGCACGCUGCCCGCCAUGCAUUGACCCUUGGUCAUCAAGUUCGCGGCCUCUCCAGAACUCCAGACAAACUAGAUCCGUCCAUUAUGGCCCGCUGCGAGGAUUUCGUUUGCAGCACAACAUACUACGACAUAGCAGCACUAGACCAGGCGUGUGCCGGUGCUGAUGCAGUCAUCUGCGCGUACGCGGGCAUCCCAGAGCUGCACCUGGACGGACAAUUACUGCUUCUACGAGCAGCUGAACGCGCAGGCGUAAGGAGAUUUCUCGCUGCGAGCCAUAACAACGAUUGGCGCAAGAUUGCGAUGGGGGAAGUGCCCAUCUACGAUCCAGCGCGGAUGUUCCAUGUACAGGCCGCGUUGACCAGCACGAUCAAGCCUCUGCAUAUUCUCAGUGGUACAUUUGUCGAUGUCCUAUUCGGUGGCGAAGGGCAAGGCAACUUCACCCCUGAGGUUGGCGGUGUGUGGGACUCGAGGAUAGAUCCACCGCAGUUGCAUAUCUGGGGCUCAGGUCAUGAGAAAUGGUGUCUCACCACGGAGGAAGAUGGCGGCAAAUGGGCUGCCGAACUCGUGACGUCUGACAAUGCUGAAAAUGGUGGUUUUGUAUUGCUAUGCUCCAUGGAGCUAAGUCUGAUGGAACUCAAAGACACGUACGAGCGCUUCAGAGGCAAAGAAGUGCGGAUCAUCCGUAGAGGCACCACCAGGGAUCUCGAGAAGACGGUCGAAGAAAAGAAGGGUGCUGGCUCGCAUUGGGCUGAUUGGCUACGGUAUGCUUUCGUGUUACACUGCACCAAGGGUACCUGGGCCCUCAGUAAGGACUCUUUUGAAGGCUUCCACCCUAGUGUUCCAACAUCUUUGGAAGCAUGGCUAGAAAAGAAUCCUAAAGUCUAA